UGAUAAACGCAUCUAUGGUUGUUUGUUGUUUUUCAUGUUCAAGUUAAAAUUUAACAUAACCAUAUUUUUUAUUUUUUCAAAGUACAUUUAAAAAUAAAACAAUGAAAUAUUUUUUAAUAAUUUAGUUUAAUUUAGAAGAUUUUGGAAAAUGUCUAAUCCGCCUUUAGGACGUGGAGCUCGAUUGUAUCAAGCUCUUAAAGAAAAAGAAAACCAACAAAAACAACAGCAAGAUGAAUCAACAGAAUCAACACCGUCCCUACCUCGAGUUGGUCGCGGUCGGGCUUCGAAUAUUGAAAAAUUAAUGCAAUUAAGAGAAGCCAAAAAUCAAUCAGCAAUACCAACUUCAUCUGCAAGUUCUACGAGUGGGAUUUCCACAUCGUCGCUUUUAAAGAAAUUAGCUGCAACGAGAAUAUCAGCUUCUUCCACACAAAGCUCCGGAGAAAAACCAACUACCUCUACCUCUACAAGUAUUCCACCGACACCGCGGUCUGUUGAAUCGUCAUCAACCGUAUUACCUUCUUCAAAGGAAAAAGAACCAGUCAUAAAACGUGCAAUACCGGGGAAAACUGACGCAAUCGUUCCUUCUACCGCGAAUUAUAUAAGAUUGAAUUUACAACCAGGAAAAGGAGUAUACGAAUACGAAGUGCGAUAUAACCCAGAAAUCGAUCAUCGUGGAUUGAAAUCGAAAAUUUUGGGUCAAUUUUUAAAGGGUCCUAAAACGUUUGACGGUGUUGUGCUGUAUUUACCCGAUCAAUUAAGCGAUAGCACAACGAAAUUUACUGGAAAACAUCCGAUCAACGAUUCGGAUAUCGAAGUAUCGAUUAUUUUUAAACGUAAAAAACGUUUGGGGGAGUGUAUUCAUUUAUAUAACGUUAUGUUCCGACGUAUUUUUAAAAUUUUACAGUUCGCACAAUUGGGGCGACAAAUGUUUGAUCCAUCAAGACCCCAUAGAAUUCCUCAGCAUAAGCUAGAAAUAUGGCCGGGAUAUGUAACCGCUGUAGAUGAGUACGAAGAUGGGAUUAUGUUAUGUAUCGAUUGUAGCCAUCGAGUUCUGCGUACCGAUACGGUACGAAGUUACUUAACGAAUUGUGUUCUAAAUCGCAACGCCCGAACAUUCCAACAAGAUGCUACCAAAGCCCUAAUUGGUCAAGCAGUUUUGACUAAAUAUAAUAAUAAGCUUUAUCGCAUCGAUGAUAUUCUUUGGGAUAAAAAUCCUACUUGCACUUUUGAAAAUCGUACCGGGGGAGAAACAUCUUAUGUCGAUUAUUAUCAAAACCAACAUGGCUUGGAGAUUAAAGAUUUACAACAGCCAUUAUUAGUAAAUCGGGCAUCACGUCGAAUGGGAAAUUCAGCUGAAAAAGUUGACCAACUUAUAUGCCUCAUCCCAGAACUAUGUUAUAUGACAGGAUUAACGGACGAAAUGCGUAGUAAUUUUACGAUGAUGAAAGAUGUUGCAAUGUACACCCGCAUUACCCCAAAUCAACGAAAAGUAGCGCUCCAAAAAUUUUUAGAGAACGUUCGAAGUAGUCGUGAAUCUCAAGAAUUAUUAAAUUCGUGGGGCCUAAGUAUUGAUUCAGGUACUAUCGACUUGGAAAUGAGGAUCUUAGCACCGGAGACUAUACUUUUUGGUGGAGGGCGAUCUGUAAGAGGGACACAGGAAGCUGAUUGGACUAGAGCUUCAACUCAAACUCAAGUCAUUUCCGCUAUAGACAUUCAAAAAUGGUAUAUAAUUUUUACUCCACAAGACAAGCGAAACGCCGAAACUUUUAAAGAUACGAUCUUACAAGUUUGUGGUCCAAUGGGUAUUCGAAUAUGUCCGCCACAAACAUUUUGCUUACAAAAUGACAGCACUGGUACUUAUGUGGAUGCUUUCAAUCGAAUUAUUGCACCUGAUGUACAAAUUAUUGUAAUAAUCGUUCCUACCCAAAGAGACGAUCGAUAUUCGGUAAUUAAAAAAAUUUGCUGUGCCGAUAAACCGAUUCCCUCACAAGUGAUCAAUUCUCGAACACUAGGUAAUCCAAAACGGUUACGAAAUGUGGUACAAAAAAUUGCGUUACAAAUGAAUUGUAAGCUUGGAGGGCAAUUAUGGGCGGUGAAUUUACCAAAAAAUCGUUGGAUGAUUUGUGGAAUUGAUGUUUAUCAUGACGCUCAGCGAAGUGAAGGAAAGAGUGUGGCUGGAUUUGUGGCUUCACUUAAUCCACAAAUGACCCGAUUUUACAGCCAAUGUAAUUAUCAAAGCAGAGGCGAAGAAUUAUGUUACGCAUUAAAAUCAUUAUUUAGCUCAGCUUUAAAAGAAUUUUAUAAUGUUAAUGGGGAAUGGCCUUCCCAUAUUUUCAUAUAUCGGGAUGGUGUUGGAGAUGGCCAGUUGAAAUUUUGUCAAGAAUAUGAAAUACCACAAUUAAUGGAUGCUAUCAAAAUAGUUAUGGCUAGUGCCUCAAAACCAGAACAAAUACCAAAAUUAACAUUUAUUGUAGUACAAAAAAGAAUUAAUACUAGAUUAUUUUUGAAGAAUGAUGAAAAUAAUCCACCACCUGGGUCAAUUAUUGAUCAUACAAUUACUCGACGAGAUUGGUAUGAUUUUUUCUUGGUACCUCAACAUGUCCGACAGGGUACAGUGUCCCCAACACAUUACAUAGUGGUCCAAGACCAAAGUGAACUCAGUGUAGAUCAUGUACAAAAAUUGACAUUUAAAAUGUGUCAUUUGUAUUAUAAUUGGUCUGGAACAAUACGUGUACCUGCACCCUGUCAAUAUGCCCAUAAAUUAGUAUAUUUGGUAGGACAAAGUAUACACAAGGUGCCAAGUGAAAAAUUAGCUGAUCGUCUAUAUUAUUUGUAAGAAAAACAAAGAAAAAAAUUUAUUUUAUACUUAAACGAUUUAGAAUUAUGACGUUUUAGGACUCAGGCUAUUGUGUUCAAUAAAAAUAGAUCUAAAGAAUUAGAAUUAACAAAUAUAUGUAUAGUUUUUAUAUGAUUCGAGUUUUCAAAAUUGAUUUUUCAUGUUUCUCAUCUUAAGAUUAUAAUUACUUAUUUUUUUAUAAUUCGUUAAUUUAUUGUUAUAUAGAGUGACUAUAUAUAUUUGAUUGUUACAUAAAUAAGUAGAAAUAAGAUUACAAUGUGAUUACGUAACAAUCAAAUAUUGCGUACUUGAACCUGCCGGCUCUUGAAGCAAGAAGCUUAAAAUAUAUCAAAGUAUUCCAUUUUUAACUCACUUCAAGUCGGAAACACACGAGCGUUUUAUAUAACAUUUGUUUAUUUUUCGUUCGUUUUCAUUUGGUUGGCUUCAUCGAAAAUCAAAAUUAGCAAAUUGGAUUCUCGAGAACUUACUCAAUACCACUUGGCUUUUGAAACUGAAAAUAGAGCUUUAAUGUGCGUUGCAGUUUUGGCAUAUAAUAAACCAAUUAAACGUCAAUGCGAAAAUAAUUUCUAUUUUUAACUCAAAUGCUCUUGGGUUUCCGACAUCAGUCAGUACAUUUCGUUAGAGACAAAAGUUAUAUAAAUUAAGUUUAAAUAAUUAUCGAAUAUUUUGGUAUUUUUACCUUUUGAUUAUUUCUAAGCAAAUUAAGUUAAAACUUCAAACACGUUGAAAACAUUCUCCCAAACUCAAAAAUUAGGUAAAAUAGUUUGGAUAAAACACUCAACUCUAGUUUUAAUCAUUUAUUAACUGUUCGUAACAAUUGAAAUAGUUUCUUAUUGCAUAGUGGCUACAAUCUACAUU